UACAGAAGCUUUCAGCUGCUCAAGGACUUGCAGUUGCGAAGAAUAUCGAGAUGGUGAGGUAUCCAAUAUCCUUCGAGCAGCAGACAUUUCUGAAGAAGGGAACAUGGACUGCUGAAGAAGAUCGGAAGUUGGUAGCUUAUAUAAGCAGAUAUGGCAUCUGGAAUUGGAAUGAAAUGCCAAAAUGUGCUGGCCUUUUAAGGACAGGGAAGAGUUGCAGGCUUCGUUGGAUGAAUUACCUGAGGCCGGGUAUAAAGCGCGGGAACUUCACCAAGGAAGAAGAAGAAACCAUCCUCAACUUGCAUAAGACUAUGGGGAAUAGAUGGGCUGCAAUUGCUCAAAGAAUGCCACAAAGAACAGACAAUGAAAUCAAAAACUACUGGAACACACACUUGAAGAAACGGGCAAUGGAGAAUUCAACUGCUGGUGAUGAUGGUAAUGAUUCUAGUGAUCAAGCCAAGCAAAAGAAUUCUCUUGAACGUAACUCAUCUUCCGAGAUUGAGUCUUCGCUUCAAGAUGCCUCUCGUGAUACUGUGUUUCACUCACCAACACUGGGAGAUAGUAAACCAGAUGGGGGAAAUGAUUUUGCAAAGCAUCAUCAAACUGAUCAUAUUACUGAGGAGGAAAAUGCAGGUAAUUUAUCUGACAUUUAUGGGGAACUCCAAGGUUUGUGGGAGCAGCCAAUACCAGAAAACCCAGAGGAUUCUCAGACCUUGAUCAAUGGAAAUUUCAUGCCAGCAACUUCUCAGUUGUGGCUCUAUGAAUCCACAUUCUUGUGUGAUUCCUACUAUCCUGAUCCCGUUGAUGACUUUUGGCUCACUUCAUCAAUUUAGAGCAAAUGUUUAUCAAAUAGUCCUAUAUUACGCUUUUAUGAGCUACUAACAUGCUUUUGAGAAAUUACUUAGAAUCAGUAGUAUCAGUUGUUUAGAGUGGCAUUAGUUUUGUAUGUAUUAUUAGCUCAACUAGAAUUGCUGUGCAAAAAAAGAAAAAAAAGGCUUAGCUAGAAUUAAUAAGACUUGAUAAUAUUU